AUGUCGGGAAGCCUAUCAACAAGGGUCAUGAACAUGAAAUUCAUGCAAAAAGCUGAGAAUACAAAAGCAAACGAAAAUCAUGAAGAACAAAGGCGAAUGCUCGAUGAUGUAUCGGAAUGGAUGUUGCCCCAUCUGGCAAAGAUAUUAAAAAUGGCACAACGCAAACCAAAGAUCGAAGUACUCGGAUAUGGAUUUAUAAUGAAUGAUAGAAGCUAUACAACUCGAAAGUCUUGGACAAAUGAAAAGGAUGUGGCUGACAGCGAUGAUUACGAUCCAAGCCGGAGUAGACAGAAUGAACUGGGGGAAUUAAGUACACUAUGGAGAAAACGAAAACCAGAUGGCUCUCCAAAUAGAGACAACAAGAGGCGAGCUACUUAG